CCAGCUGCUGUUUUAUCUCUCAUGCACGUGGAAUGCUCCUGUGGAACUUCGAUUUAGCCUAUCUUAAACGAAACUUUCUUCCCACUCUAUGGGUGUUAUUAAUUGCCAAACAAACUUAUUUUAAAGUAGCCUACAUCUUUUUCUUGGAAUUAGCCGUCGCCUCAUGUUAGACGAGUUUUGUUUUCUUAUUCACCGAGAAACUUGAUAAAGAGUAUCUGUUUGCCGCCACACAUCAGCACAAUUCAUAUUGGAAUAUGUACGCGGUGUAGCUGUUGAAAAGUGAAAGUGCAGUUGGAUUUGCAACGGGCACCUAAUUAUGGUGGACAAAGGUCCACUAUUGACAUCUGCUAUAAUUUUUUAUCUGUCCAUUGGGGCAGCAAUAUUUCAAGUUCUCGAGGAGCCGAAUUGGAAACUUGCUGUGAAACAAUACGCCGCUCAAAGGGAGAAAAUUCUAAAAGACUACCCAUGUCUUACAAAAGAUGACUUGGACAAGAUUCUUGAGGUGGUCUCUGAUGCUGCAGGACAAGGUGUCACAAUAACUGGAGACAAAACCUUCAACAACUGGAACUGGCCCAAUGCUGUUAUCUUUGCUGCUACGGUUAUCACAACGAUAGGUUAUGGCAACAUUGCUCCUAAAACCCCUGCUGGCAGGGUCUUCUGCAUUUUCUACGGGCUCUUUGGAGUGCCCCUGUGUUUCACAUGGAUCAGUGAGUUGGGCAAGUUUUUUGGUGGUCGGGCAAAACACUUGGGCCGUUUUCUCACCAAGAGAGGCGUCUCAUUGAGGAAGACUCAGAUCACUUGUACUGCCAUCUUUCUUCUGUGGGGCCUAGUGGUACAUCUAGUCAUCCCACCUUUUGUCUUCAUGUCACAAGAGGGCUGGACGUACAUUGAAGGCUUAUACUUCUCGUUUGUCACGUUAACUACAAUUGGCUUUGGUGACUUGGUAGCAGGUAUCGACCCCAAUGCAGACUACCCAACUUUGUACCGCUACUUUGUGGAGGUGUGGAUUUACUUGGGUUUGGCUUGGCUAUCGCUUUUCUUCAACUGGAAAGUGCGGAUGGUGGUGGAAGCCCACAAGGCUCUCAAAAAGCGCAGGAAGCGGCGCAAGCUCUCGCUGGACGAGUCACAACACCACUACAAGGAGAGCACCAAAACUCUACAUCUUCCCCCCUCUUCUAAUGAGGUCAAUAUAUUCAGCUUCCUCUCCAAGAGACAGGAGGGCUACAGUGACCUCAUCAAGCAAAUGGGCUCAAAAAAUGUGAAUGGGGGCCAUGGUGCAAGCAAAAUGACUGCUGCCAGCGGCAGAGCCAAAGUUCCUAACCGUUCCAAGAGCUGCAGCGAUACGGUUGCCACCAAUGGUAACCCUAUUCUCAACCUGGACCGAUCCCCGAGGCAAAAACGGCGUUACAGUUUUAGCGACCGAGUUACCGUGGCCUUUUCGAAGUCCAAAAACUACUUACUGGGCCAGGACAGUGGGUUGCUCUUGAAUGAGGUCCAAAGCGAAGCAGACAUGGAGGAGGACCAGGAGAGGAUGUACGAAAACCAACUCGACAAAGACGCUGGAGAGAACCAUCCGGGCCAGGACAUGUGCAGCUUCGGUGGCAGCAGAGACAAGUGGGACUCUAAAGAACAGCAAACGAUGGUCUUCCAGACCGCCAAUAUCACUUUCAUAGAUGAAGAAAACCUACACUACAACAUGGACGAUGCCUGUGAUACCAAGGCUAACUUUUCUGUGAUGACAGAGGAAAAUGUAGACUCAGAAACAGACUCGAAGGAGGAGGACUCUGAGUCCGAGGAGUCCGUUUUUACCACAGAUGGGUCAGACAAUUGUCACUCCUAUGAGCAGCUGGUAGAGGAGUACUCUAAAGAGGACAACACCUAAACUUGAAUUGUCAUUCCUAAUGCUGGUGGAGCUUGAACACAAACUGCCGAACAGUAUUUUUCUUAUCACUGAAAAAAAUUAAAUCAAUGACUUGAUAUGAUUUUGAACUUAAAUCGGCCAUUCACCUUGACCAGUAAGCCCUGGACUUAUGAUUUAGUUAUAAGUAUCAAAGUAAAUGUCCGGUUGGAUGUUUGUCUUUUUUUUCAUCCGUUAUAGUAUCCAUUAAUCACUUGAAAUGGCAACUAUUAACUAAUUAACUGUUUUUUUUAGAUUUCACAGUACGGUCUCAAAUAGCUUUUCUGUGUGAAAGUGGGUUGUAUGUAUUCUAAAUCAAUUGCAAAAUUGAUUUAUUUUGUUAAAAUCAAGUCCAGUGUUUCCAGUAAAAAUGUAUUGACUGAUGAUGAACUUAGAUCAUAGAACUUAGAUCAUAGGCUGAUUUUGUUUUAUGAAAAAUUAGGGAAAAGAUUAUCUUGGAGUCGAUUCGGAUUUCUUUCCUUUAUAUACACCAUAUUGGUGUUGUAUUUUCACUCAGAAUAUGGUUGUUUUCCUCCUGUUCUAUUUUAUCCUGCAUUUUCAAGAUGUAUGCCCUUCCCAUUUCAAUCACUUAAUACAUCUGUAUCUCUAUCUAAGACUUGGUUAUAUUCAGCAGAUGUACACUAAAUGUUGGUGUGGACAUUGGCCAGUUGUUAUGGCAAGCAUAACAGAUUUGGCUUACAAGAGUGAAGGAAAAGGAACAAGGCCAUUUGUUGGUGUAAACCAUUGCUGCCUGCUGCCUACAUGUCUACAGAAGAUCUACUGAAACAAUGAGGUUUUGCUCUGCUUGUGUCCAGGCAUUGCAUGCUCAGUCAUUUAAAAGAACUAGUUCUGGUGCAUGCUUCCUGAUGGAUUUUUAACAACACUCACAUGCACACACCAGUGAUGCCAGUAACGCGUUACUUAGAGUAAUCUAACGCGCUACUAUUUACAA